AUGAAACAAUCCACAAUUGCUGCUAUUGCUUGCUUGGCUUCGAGUGUUUUUGCUCAUGGAGGUGUAUACACAUACACAAUCGACGGUGUCGACUACCCAGGGUACAAAUUCACCGAACCCCCAGAAUCCCAAUCAAACCUAAUCCAGCGCCGAUGGUACUACUGGCCCGUCGAAGACCCUCUAUCCCCCAACGUAACCUGCAGCUACGACGGUUCCGCCGUCAAAGACACGUACCACGCUCCCGUCAAAGCCGGAGACACCAUCACAGCAAGCUGGUCGAACAACCUCACGUGGGACGACCCCAACGGGCCGUUCUACUGCGAGCCGGGCAGCACCCGCGACUGUUUCUACCGACGCUGGUACCAUUUCUAUGGGCCGUUGAUGGCUUACAUGGCCGAUUGUGGUGGGGACUGCAGUACGGUUGAUCCUGCGGCGCUAAAGUGGUUCAAGAUUGCGGAGGAGGGACUGAAGCCUGGGUUCACGCUUGGGGAUACUGCGGGCUGGGAGCAGAGUGCGCUUUCGAGGCCGGGGACUAAGGGGUGGUCGGUGACGGUGCCCAAGUCCCUCAAGCCGGGGAAUUAUAUGAUUAGGCAUGAGAUUCUCAUGAUCGAGUUGAUGCCGCCUCAGUUCUAUCCGACUUGCGGGCAACUUAAGGUCGAGGGUAGUGGAACUGCGACUCCGAGUGAGGACUACCUGGUCAAGUUCCCGGGUGCAUAUUCCAUGGAAGAUCCAGGUAUUGCGAUCUCUGGUGUCGUAUAUGGCGAGCUUGGCAGAAACACGACAGAAUAUAUCAUCCCAGGACCUAAGGUUUGGACAGGCUGA